AGAGUACAGUAACGAUUAGGGAUUGCGUUAGCUCCCGCAGUGAUGUUCAUUUUUUCUCGGUUUUACGAUUUCUUUCAGUUAUUAAAAAAUGCCUUUAUCAUAUGUCUCUUAUAUGUAAUUUAAUUAACUGUAGAUAAUAUAUAUUUUUUUUACCCUAGCAACAGUUAAUUGUGCCAGCAGUAGUACAGUGAAAAUCUAACUUGACUUCGGACCUGUGGAGCAAUGGCCUACAUUUCCUCCUCAAGAAAGAUAUUCCUGUUUAAAAUUCCAAAAGAUAGUUUGAAGAAACCAACCUCGAGCAAUGGAAGUCUUGAGAUUUGUGUCUGUGUGUGGAUCACCAGAAGAACUAAGGAUGAGUUUAGGAACUUCAGGCACUGCUGUUUCAUUUCUGACACUUAAGGUGAGCAAAGAAGGAUUUUUUCCAAGGGUCAAGAUUGAAAUAUAAACCUGAGAGGAAUGAAUUAUGGAUGAAAUUACUGGGAAUGACAGGCACCCAUUUGCUCUCACUGUCGGUCCCUCAGGAGUCAAGCUGCAUCCAGAGAGUUCUUCACGGAGCUGUUUCUAGGAGCUUUUUAGUUAAAUUCUUGAAUCAGAAGGUGCAAUGUCAACCAAAAUGCCAGACAUUAAGCUGAAAAUUGAUCCUCGGGAUCUGCAGAUCCAGACGUUUACUGUGGAGAAAUUACUGGAACCACUGAUAAUUCAGGUUACAACACUCGUGAAUUGUCCACAGAAUCCUUCUAGUAAGAAAAAGGGCCGUUCCAAAAGAGCUCGUGUCUUGCUGGCUUCUGUGGAAGAAGCCACCUGGAACCUGUUGGACAAGGGAGAAAAAAUUGCCAAGGAAGCAGCUGUGUUUAAAGAGGAACUUCGUGCAGCUCUUGCUGAUGUCAGGAAAGAGAGUCAAGCCUUGAAGGUGUCAGCAGAGGCAUUCACCAGCGAUCCCUGCUCCCUGCCCUGCAGGCAGGCCGUGGUCCAGGCAGCGCGCUCCCUGCUCACAGCUGUCACCAGGCUGCUCAUUCUGGCCGACAUGGUUGAUGUGGCGUAUUUGCUGCAGCAUUUGACUGUGUUUCAGAGAACAUUUGAAUCUUUGAGAAAUGUAUCCAGCAAAUCUGAUCUACAGAAAACUUACCAGAAGUUUCGGAAAGAUCUGGAAAAUCUUGACUAUUUGGCAUACAGACGUCAGCAGGAUUUGAAAUCUAGCGAUCAGCGAGAUGAGAUUGCUGCAGCACGUGCAUCCCUGAAGGAAAAUUCCUCUUUCCUCCAUUCAAUAUGUUCAGCUUGUUUGGAACAUUCAGAUGUUGCAUCCCUUACAGCCAGCAAGGAUUCAAUUUGCAAUGAAAUACAGAGUGCUCUCAAUGCAAUUUCUAAUGCUUCCCAAGGAGUUGGAAAUAAAAUGGAACAACCUACAUCUCACACAGCUACUCUUGGAAGUGCACUUGAUGAGCUUGAGAAUUUAAUUGUCCUGGACCCUCUUGUAGUGAAUGAGGAGACAAUAAGGCCCUCCCUAGAGAAACGCCUGGAAGCCAUUAUAAGUGGAGCAGCUCUGCUGGCCGACUCGUCGUGCACGCGGGAUGUCCAUCGGGAGCGCAUCAUUGUCGAGUGCAAUGCCAUCCGCCAGGCUCUGCAGGACCUGCUCUCUGAGUACAUCAGCAAUACUGACAAGAAAGAGAGAAGUAAUGCUUUGAAUGUUGCCAUAGACAGUAUGUGCAAGAAGACACGAGACCUUCGCAGACAGCUCCGUAAAGCCAUUAUAGAUCACAUCUCAGACUCCUUCUUAGAUACCACUGUUCCACUUCUAGUUCUCAUUGAAGCUGUUAAAAAUGGAAGAGAGAAAGAAAUAAAGGAAUAUGCUGCUCUAUUUCGAGAACACACCAGCAGACUUGUGGAGGUUGCUAAUCUUGCUUGUUCAUUGUCAACAAAUGAAGAAGGAACAAAAAUUGUCCAAAUGGCAGCUAAUCACAUAGAGACCUUGUGCCCACAGGUUAUUAAUGCUGCUUUAGCUCUUGCUGCCAGACCCAAGAGUCAAGUUGUGAAAAACAACAUGGAGAUGUAUAGGAGUACAUGGGAGAAUCACAUCCAUGUUCUUACUGAAGCUGUGGAUGAUAUAACAAGUAUUGAUGAUUUUCUUGCUGUAUCAGAAAGCCACAUUCUCGAGGAUGUGAACAAGUGUAUCAUUGCCCUGAGGGAGCAGGAUGCGGAUGACCUGGAUCGUGUGGCAGGUGCCAUCCGAGGCCGUGCUUCCAGGGUCGCUCACAUUGUUUCGGGCGAGAUGGACAAUUAUGAACCUGGAGCUUACACUGAGGGGGUGAUGGCCAAUGUUCAGUAUCUGACCAAGAAUGUGAUUCCAGAGUUUAUUAGUCAAGUAAAUAUUGCAUUGGAAAGCCUAAGUAAGAACACAGUUCAUCUGUUCGAUGAUAACCACUUUGUGGACAUUUCUAAGAAGGUGUAUGAUGCGAUUCACAACAUCAGGUGCUCAGUCAUGAUGAUUCGGACACCUGAGGAGCUUGAAGAUGUGUCUGACCUUGAAGAAGACCACGAUGCAUGCAGUCGUACCAGUAUCCAGACUGAAGGGAAGACUGACAGGGCCAAGAUGACUCAACUGCCAGAGGCUGAAAAGGAAAAGAUAGCUGAGCAAGUGGCUGACUUCAAAAAAGUCAAGAGUAAGCUUGAUGCCGAGAUUGAAAUAUGGGAUGAUACCAGCAAUGACAUAAUUGUUCUGGCCAAGAGGAUGUGUGUGAUUAUGAUGGAGAUGACUGACUUCACAAGGGGGAGAGGACCACUGAAGCACACAUCUGAUGUAAUCAAUGCAGCAAAGAUGAUCUCAGAGUCAGGCUCCAGGAUGGACGUCCUGGCGCGGCUCAUUGCGGAUCAGUGUCCAGACCAGUCAUGCAAACAGGAUUUAUUGGCUUACCUAGAACAGAUCAAGCUGUAUUCCCACCAGCUCAAAAUCUGCAGUCAAGUUAAAGCAGAAAUCCAGAAUCUCGGUGGAGAGCUUAUCAUGUCUGCUCUGGAUAGUGUCACUUCGCUCAUUCAGGCCGCCAAAAAUCUAAUGAAUACUGUGGUGCAGACAGUGAAGAUGUCCUAUAUUGCAUCCACAAAGAUUAUCAAGAUUCAGAGUCCUACUGGCCCACGACAUCCAGUUGUGAUGUGGAGAAUGAAGGCUCCAGAGAAGAAGCCCCUCAUUAAAAGAGAGAAGCCAGAAGAAAUCUAUGCUGCUGUCAGAAAAGGUUCUGCAAAGAAGAGAAUCCAUCCUGUUCAAGUCAUGAGUGAAUUUAGAGGCAUAGAAAUAGUCUAAUAUUUUGCCACCUUGUGUGUUACUAUCUUGAAUUGCUGGUGAUUUUUCAUUUUUCCCCCACUUAUUUAAUAAUUAUAUAUGUUAAUGUUUUGCUUUUCUCUAAAUCUGUAAGAUAACAUUUGCUUAAAUUAUUUGAAAAUGCUGUUGGAUUAAUUAGAAGCACACAGUUGGAAAAAAAAAAGACAACCAACAAACAAAACCCAUUUUCUUGCAGUGACAAACUCUCAUGGUUUUGUACUGGCCUGUUUUCAACAGAGCACUUUGCUUCCUCCUUUCCAGUUACAGCACAGUCCCAAAGUGCAUCGCUCAGUGUGCCAGCCUGCCCAAAAUCAUACUGCAUUCACGAGGCUUUAGGUGCUCCUGUGCCAGGGAUGAGUGUGGCCACUACUAAACUGCUUGUGUUUUAUGAUAUACAGCCUUUUAAACAUGGUGGCACAGGGCCAGAUCCCUGAUUGGCAUCAUUACACCAUGAUCAAGUCAUGAUUUGAUGUGAACUGAGAGUCUGGGCCCUAAACUUGGGUCUACACUGAAACAUCUAAAGAUCUCCUCUUGGCUAAGGACCAGCCUUGGAAAUGUUUGAAAAUGUUUGAUGAGACACACAACGUAUUGUAACAACUAAUGUAAUUAAAAAAUCACUGACUGCAACACAGCAGUGAUGACAGCUCUUUAAAAGCCCUUAGGAAGCAUUAACAUGGAUCUGUGUUCUGCUCACUGUGAGCCCUAAGAAAUCUGCUGACUAUUGUAUUUGGAAGUUCAGAUAAAUCAGACAUUAACAACAAAACUUUUCUAAUUGCUGCACAAAAGAACACACAUGAAAUGAGUCGUUAUUCUGAGAUCAGGGUGUGAAAUACACAUCUUGAAUCUUAUGAAUGGUGAGAUUUCUGCCAGUUAACUACAGGGAUUUAAGUUACUUUUUCUUAUGACAGUAGAGUCCUAAAUGCAGGGCUGUGCUGGGAAGUGACCUGCUGAAUGGCUGCACUCUUCUCUCAAAGUACAUAAUGAAGGUAAAAGCUGUUAGUCCAGACCUCUGCAACAUACUUAAGAUAAAUAUAAAAUUUCUAUAUCCAUUUGAAUCUGAAAUGCACUUGGACAAUUUUUUUUUGAAGACUAACUCCCAUGUCAUGAAGUUCUCCCAGACUACACUUGCUACUCAAGAUGUCUUUUCCUGGCAAUUCAGUAGAUCGCUUGGUAUGUUUAUUUUUGCAUUUGCUAAGGUGAAGGGGUUCCCUCAAAAGCCAGAACUUCAUUAUGUGUCACUCACUGCUUUAUGAGGCAGCUCCAGACUAUGGGCUGCUGUUCCUUGUCAUUUAUUACCAUGCUUUGCACAGCAGUACCCUGACCUACCACAGUGUGGGCAGCAAAAGUAAUCAUAAAUGGUGCCUUUCGUCUUGGGUGCUGCUCUGUUUCUAAGCUCAGGAUGGUGAGGCAGUAUAAUUUCUAGGCUGUUAAUUAAGGAACCCUGUGAAACCUAUAGUGGUCAUGAAUUAAAAAUUUUCAGGUUGAUUAUUCCACCUUCCCUAACUUUGCUGUCUCUUAAAUGAAACAAAAGGAGAAGUUUGGAAGAAAAAUCACCUCUUGCCAACUCAAUUUCCCUCCAGUAUGUUUGCAUGAAGAUUUUAGUAAUAUGUAUUGAGCUUUGCUACACCCCGUAGGGUGAUAGAGCCAGCAAGUGAGCUUUGUCAGCUUUGUCAGCUGACUUUGUCAAGUGAUCUUGUCACCUUGGUUGUGGGGGUGUUACUACCUUUAAACCCUCAUGUCUCUCAGGAUACAGGUCAUUUGGAAUAGCAAACACUUGUAACUAAUGCCUUGUUAUUGUAUUAUUAAUAAAAAAGCAUGUACACCACUGAUAAAA